AUGGACAACACAACAGCCACACUUUUGUCUGAAGGGGAAAAUGUUUUCCGACUUCCACUCAGCUUGAAGAUUCUCUGUAUUUCAUUCUACAGUUUACUCUGUAUCUUUUCCGUUUAUGGAAAUCUCCUCGUCAUCAUGGUUAUUAUCUAUUUUCGACGUCUUCGUACAGCCACAAAUAUCUUGAUUCUCAAUCUAGCUAUUGCUGAUCUCCUCAUUGGAAUCUUUUGUAUGCCUUUUUCAUAUUGGCAGAUUCUAAUCUUUGAUGAUCAACGAUGGAUUUUCGGCUCAGCUCUUUGUUCUGUUCUUUCAUUCUUUCAAGGUGCCGCCGUUUUUCUCUCGUCUUGGACUCUAGUAGUUAUCAGUUUCGAUCGAUGGAUGGCAAUCACUUUUGUGUUGGCUCCUUCAAUGCGAUUGACAAGAAGGAGAGCUACUUAUAUGGUGAUUACAACGUGGAUCUUCUCACUCACUAUGGCUCUACCGUUAUUUUUGGUCACCCAGCAAGUCACAGAAGAGGGAGUGCAUAGAUGUGUCGAGAAAUGGAACUAUUUCCAUGAUGAAGAAUCGGCAAAAAAGAUCUAUUCGUAUCUUGUGCUUGCUCUUCAAUAUUCAGUUCCACAAACUGUUCUCAUCAUCACUUACACUUAUAUUGGAGUCAAAAUGUGGAAUAGUCGAGUCCCGGGAGUGGGCAGUGCAUCAACAAAAAAGAUUAUUGUUGAAAGACACCAAAGUGUUAAAAAGCUGAUUCCAAUGGUCGUCCUUGUCUCAGCCCUUUUUGCCAUUUGUUGGCUUCCGUUACUUCUCCUAUUCAAUAUCAUUCUUGAUGUAUGGCCCGAGCUUAACUAUUGGAAUUAUAUUCUUUAUCUUUGGUGGUUCUGUCACGGACUUGCAAUGCUUCAUUCAAUUGUGAAUCCAUUAAUUUAUUUCCUUCGAAAUGCUCGUUUUCGUGAAGGAUUUCUUUUCUUUUCUUCUCGUAUUAUGCCAUUCAUCAAAUUUGACGAGUUACGACUUCUCACCGACAAUUCAAGAAGACCGUAUCAACGUGGAAAGGGUCUCAAAAUGAUGGCCUAUGUACCGAUUGCCUCAUCAUCUCCACCAAAGACAAAAACAACAAUGAUCACACAACACCGG